AUGUCAAACUUCGAAAACGAAAAUAUCGACACCGUGAUUAAGGAGGUGAUGGAAGACGUCAUGGCGGCAGUGGUGUCUGAUUCCAUCGAGGUGACCAUCCAGUCGGUGCUCCAGGACGUCGUAGCCAUGGAAUUUGGCUACGGAGAACAUCUACACCUGGACACCGGUACCGAUAACUUAAUGGACAAAGAUAAACCAGUUGGUCAACGCUAUGGUUAUGAAGGUGUCAGAUACGUUGUCCUCCGUGCCGCACGUACAGCCCGAAGACGCCUCCCUAAACGGAGAGGUUGUACUGAGGUGCGGUGA